UUCUAGCGUACAGUGCUCACCUCAAAUACACCAGUUUCCGCAAUUAGUCUAAAAAAUUAGUGAAAGAAUGGGGAGUUGGUCUCUCGGUCCAGCUAAAAGGGCCAAAUUAAUUACAAUUAUUCUACUUUCCUGCUUUAUAAACUCAGUUAUUGCGCAAUUGGACAAUCAAACCCUCGAAAGUGCAUUCAGUUUAGACCCUAUCGAGUCUUCUGAGGUAUCGGGGACACAUGACAAUGUAGUUGAGCCGGAGAGAAAAGAAGAUGAAGCAAAAGUGGAUACAGUGUCAUCAGAGUUGGAGGAUUUGGUUGAGAAACUGCCUGAUGACACUCUCCAUGUGAAUCAGGACGAGAAUGAUCUCAGGAGUGAGGACUCACCGAAGGUUCUGGGGUCCUCUCCAUCAGCAUUCGACAAUGCUGAUCCUCACGUUAACGAGACUCCUCAAGAGAUUCAUCGGGAGUCACCAGGAAUAUCCAGGGGAAUUGAUGAAGUACGGAGUGAAAAAUACGUGAAUUACGAUUCUGAUGAUCCAGAAGCGAUCAGAUGUGCACCAUCGCCGGAAAAUUCGCCGCGCUAUUAUGUGAUGACCGAGGAGAGAUGGAGGAAAAUUCGGUCUGAAAAGAUGUACUGGUAUUUUGAUAAGUGUGGAGAGAAUAAUAGGGGCGAUUUUCAGACUGAUGUGCACUCCUCGAUGCCACAGAUACAUAAAAACUUUAACUUUCAAUUGCCGUUCUAUGGAUUUCGGUACAAUUACACGAGGUUAUCGAUGAAUGGAUACUUGGAAUUCAGUGAUCCUCCGAAUCAUUACACGUAUCCAUUGGUCUUUCCCGUGAAAGACUGGCCGAAGAAGAACGACCCUGCGUUUAUUGGCAUCUUCUUCAGCAAAUGUCGGAUUGGAUCACUUCGACCUACUGAUAUCGAUCAACGAGAGCCAGGAGUUUACUUCAGAAUGGAGAGGGACUUGCAGAAGAGAACUGAUCAGUUUGGUGUAGAGAUGAGGGAAAGAGUAAAAUGGGAUAUUCGAGAGGGAGUAGUUGGAUCCGAUACAUUUCAACCAAAACAUGCUGUCAUUGUCACGUGGAAAAAUAUGUCCUUCGCCGGAGGCAUUGACAAUUCCCUCUAUAAAACUAAUACCUUUCAAUUAGUUUUGGCAACUGAUGAGGUUUACACGUACGCUAUCUUCAAUUAUCAUGACAUACAGUGGACGAGUCACACUGAGGCUGGUGGGGAUACCACUGGUGGCGAAGGUGGAGUGCCCGCUUAUGUGGGCUUCAAUGCUGGCAACGGAACUCAGAGCUACGAGUAUAAACCCUAUUCACAAAUGUCAACUAUUCGGGAUCUGACCAGUCGGGGCUGGGCUAAUGGAUUUGAAGGCAGACACAUUUUCCGGAUUGAUGAGAAGAUAAUGCAUGGAACUUGCAACAAAGAUAUCGCUGGAGCACAUUUACCGUUGACAUUCGCUCCGGAAAGUGGAAAUAUGCUCGGUGGUACUGUAGUAAAUAUCACAGGGCCUUGUUUCCUUCCAAAAGAUAAAAUCAAAUGUCGAUUUGAUACUGAGGAAGUCUUCGGCACAGUAAUUGACAGGAAUCGUGUUAUUUGCAUUCAACCAUUCGUGAAAGCCGAGGGAUAUAUCAGAUUCGCUAUCGUCGUCAAUAAUGGACAGUUCGAUUGGAAGGGAAAAUUCUUCAUUGAAACUCCAGCAACAGCAACCGAGAGGAUAUACUUCCAAAAUCGAGCAGUGCACGAACGAGAUCCCCGGGAAAUAAGAAUAACUUGGGAUGCUUAUAACUUGACCAGCAAUCUAAAUGCUGAAGUUCAGCUGUCACUCUGGGGCUAUCGAGAAACAACAAUUCGACCUGAAUUCGAGUACAUUGGUCUUCUUGAGGGGGAUUGGACCAACACUGGGGAAUACACGAUAACACCAGCCAAGUAUCGUAAUUACGAUAAUCCCUAUCAACGGGACAUCCACUUUGGUUUCAUUUCCAUUAAUUUAACGAAACCCACCGAUUACUCGGGACUUGACAUCACACCAGUUUUAUGGAGCAAACCCAUCCCCCUUGCUUGGUACUUCGGGCCUCAGUGGGAGCGGGAGCAUGGAGCCAAGUGGCCGCAGAAGCUCUGCGACAAUUGGAUCAUGAAUGACAGAUACCUGAAGAAUUUUGCCGCUGAAGUCUCACUCUGUCCUUGCACUCUGAGUCAUGCCUUGACUGACAAGGGUCGUUAUCAUCCCGAUCUGAGUUGCGAUAAGGAUUCGAAUCCUGAUUGUUUUUACAAUUAUGGAGCGAUACAUUGUGUUACCACUGGAGCCCCCAAUUUGGAUGGAUCGGAACAGCAAUGCUGCUACGACAAAAACGGCUACUUGAUGCUGACAUACGAUCAGCAGUGGGGUUCCAAGCCCCACAGAUCCCACAACCUGGGGUACCUGCCCUGGAACGAAGCUAACAAAGUACCGAGUCUCUCUCACUGGUUCCACGACAUGGUCCCGAUGUACCUGUGCUGCAUGUGGCAGGAGGAACAGGCAGUUGGCUGCGAGACUUUCAGGUUCGAGAGACGGCCUACCCAGGACUGCAUUGCCUAUCAAUCUCCAGCCAUCGCUGCAGUCUUUGGAGAUCCUCACAUCGUGACGUUUGAUGACGUUCCAUACACGUUCAAUGGAAAGGGGGAGUUUGUGCUGGUGCGGGUGGACACGGAAAAGUAUAAGCUGGAUAUUCAGGGGAGGUUCGAACAGAUGGGGAACAACUUCUAUGGAGAAGUUCGAGGAACUCAAUUGACCUCAGUUGCAGCAAGGGGCAACGACUCGUCAACGAUAGAGGUCCGCGUGAGACCGCCAAGCGCCCAAUGGCGGUACCGCUUGGAUGUCUUUGCGGACGGCCGUCGGAUUUACUUCGACAGGCAAUCUUUGAAGUUUCAGCACUUCCCCGGCGUUGUCGUUUAUACACCAACGUAUAUUUUGAAUCAGAGCGAAGUCAUAAUAAUGUUUGAUACCGGCGCUGGGGUUGAAGUGGUGGAAAACCAGGGCUUCAUGACCGCGAGAGUUUAUCUACCGUGGACGUACAUGAAUAAGACGAGAGGAUUGAUGGGCAAUUGGAGUAAUGAAAAAACGGAUGAUUUCACCCGGCCUGACGGUCAAAUAGUGUCAUUGAGUCUAGACCGUUUCGAGGAAAUUCACAAGAACUUUGGUAUGCAUUGGAUGCUGGAGGAUAAGGAGGAUAGGUACAAAGGGGCUGCAUUGUUCACUCGGGAAUUCGGCAGAACAGCGAGUUACUAUGCCAAUGUAACGUUUGAACCAGAGUGGAAGAGGACACCUCAGGAGAUAUUGUCAAAUAGAUCGGACGAUAUAAAAUUAGCUCGUGAGCUCUGCGGAGAGACUUAUCAGUGUCAAUAUGAUUACGCGCUGACAUUAAAUCGAGAUCUGGCGCAUUUCACCAAGAAUUAUUAUGACACAGUUACCCAAAUUAAGGCGCUAAAUUCCAAACCAACUAUAUCCUGUGGCGUUCUGGAGACUCCGAGAUUCGGCAGGAAGAGUAAUUUCCUGUUCAUACCUAACAUCAAAGUGACGUUUGAGUGCAAUCAAGGGUUUAUUCUCGUUGGAGAUCAGAGAAGAACCUGCGAGCAGAAUGGACGGUGGAAUAUUCCGGAGUAUGGGUACACUGAGUGCCUUCGUCAGCAGGAGUACAGCUCUCGACAGGCGGGUAUAACGUUUGGAAUUAUUCUCGGAUGUUUAAUUCCAAUUCUAAUGAUUAUUAUCUGCGGAGCAUUCAGAGUCGUUCAGGGAAGGAGAAAAGAACGGGAGCAGGAGCAAUCACAGAUAAGAUCCCGAACGACAGAGCUACAGAGAAUGCGAAAAAUUGAUGAGGAUGAAGAGCCAACCACUUACCCCAGCAAAACGACUGAAAUUAAUUAAUCACGUUUGAUUUUCUCAAUAUGUCAAAGACACGAUAGUCCCAACGACUUCUGUCAAUACUUUUCAUUAACUUUUACUUCAAUUCACCCUUACAAAUUCAUGAUGAAAUUUUACAAUUGCGGAAAGCUGCGCUUACACGAUCUCAUUAACUUCACCAGCUAUUUCAUGAUCCUCAAAACAUGUUCCACAUUCUCAUGACCAUCUCUAUCAAAACAUCCGUUAAUUAGUAUUGCUGGAAUUUUUUAAUAUUUUUACAAGUACAAAUGAAUAAUAUUGAUUUUUUUAAAUGAAACUCAGUGGAAUGCAAUUCAUUGCAAUUUAAUAAAAUAAAUGAACAUUAUAAUUAA